AUGGAACUCGACACACCUCCGUGUCACUGGCGACGAAUUGGUCACGUGGCCAAGAUCGAUGGUUCGAUUGGCUGCCAGCCGGCCUUUGACGAGCCGCCGAAGCAAGCAGGUAUGUUUCAGCCGCGCGGCGGGAGGUGUGCGGGUGGAAGGGGAGGGUCUGGUGAGGGUGGACCCACGGCAACGCUUGUCUUGGGAGGGACUGGCACAUUCCAGUCGCCCAGGCCUGGCAGUGUCGUCUGCUGGCGCUGCCUGUCUUGUGCGCGUGCCCGCGCGUGCACUCCGGUGUCAGUUUGCAUGCCGAGACCUGGCGGCAUCAAUAGGCUUGAUGAGAAAUUGCGCGCCAGGGCCUCUCUGUCGCCGCUUCCGAAGAUGCUAGCCGUUUUUUUCUUCCUCCCUCUGUUUUUCUACCUUUUCCCAGCCUCAUCCCUGCAAUAACUGGCUCUCCUGGUCGCUGCGAGGUCUCACCGUAGAAGAACAUAUGUCUUUCUCCCAUGCAUGAUUGACUAGAGCAGUUGUUACCCUCAUUAUUUAUUUUCUUCUUUUUUUUUACCCUUUUUAAUUAGACAUUUUGUGUUUGAAUCCUCCUUUAGACGAUUUUUUUUUUCAAAUUUUUGUUUUCCUGAGAUUGUGGAAAAUUUUACCUACUGUUCCGCGAACGACGAUUUCUGUGAACGGAUUUCGAAAUUCUGGGGAAGAAAUCGCCCCUGGCAUGAUCCUCCUGCCACGUUUGUGGAGAAAUAGCAGCAGUCACUAAGGGACAGCAUCCAGCAUCUCAGGCUCACGAGGCUUUGACUUCUCAGUCGUGUCGCUGGGCGUCGCUUGAACAAGGAACUAUGUGAGCGCCGUGUGGAUUUACUGUUGUUGACAGCUGCAGCUUCGUUCAAGAUGGAGUAGGCCGUCAGACAACGCGAGAUCUCGCGCCAUGCACUGGAGUUUACCGUCAACAGAAUAAGCGAGCGCCAGGCUCCGCAGCAAGGGCCGCACGAUGAUCGGGGCCACAGGCAGCAGACACCUGGGCCAGCGGCGACGGGCCUCCUUGGCCUCCGCCUCGCUGGGUCUCACCCCGGGUAUGCUGUCGCACCUGGAAGGUGUGGCCGAGGCGGACGAAGGUGGGGGUCGUUUUCGAUCCGCCACCCGGCGGCGGGUGGUGGACACCAGCGACCUACGUACCUGCGCAAUCCUGCAGACCCGCCUGAAGGAGAUCAAGAACUACCCGGAGAUGGCCACCUUUCAGGCGGACUCAGUCGGGCGUGACGACGCUGAGACCGGGUCAGAGGGAGCUUUCGGCACCAUCAGCAGAAAAGCAGCGUUAAUGAGCAUCCCAGGCAUGGCGACCCAGAGCACGCGCUCGCUGUUCAUCUUCAGCGAAGAGAACUUUAUCCGGAAGUACGCCAAGAUCAUCAUAGAAUGGGGACCAUUCGAGUAUAUGGUGCUGCUUACCAUCAUCGCAAACUGCAUCGUGCUGGCCUUGGAGGAGCACCUACCCAUGGGUGACAAGACACCUUUAGCAUUGCAACUGGACCAAACAGAAGUGUACUUCCUGGGUAUAUUCUGCGUGGAAGCAUUUCUGAAAAUUGUGGCCUUAGGCUUCGUUCUUCACAAAGGAUCUUAUCUGAGAAAUGUGUGGAACAUCAUGGAUUUUAUAGUAGUAGUCACAGGGUUUAUAACCCUUUUUGCUUCUACUUCUUCCACGGGAAAUUUUGAUCUGAGAACCUUGAGAGCUGUGAGGGUCUUACGGCCCCUCAAAUUGGUGUCGGGAAUACCGAGCCUGCAGGUAGUACUCAAGUCUAUCAUCAGGGCCAUGGCUCCCCUGUUGCAAGUGUGUCUGCUGGUGCUCUUUGCCAUUGUCGUCUUUGCUAUCAUUGGUCUUGAGUUCUACGUUGGUGCUUUCCACACGGCAUGUUUCAAGAUGAACACGCACACCCGCACAGAAGAUGAUAUUGACAAAGGAGAUGAGGAGGACAUUCGACCAUGUCUUGCUGAUCGUAACUCUGUUGGGUCAUACAGAUGCCAGAGUGGCAUCUCCACAUGCGAACGGGGUUGGCAGGGGCCCAACUAUGGCAUUACUAGCUUUGACAACAUUGGGUUUGCCAUGCUCACAGUGUUCCAGUGCAUCACCAUGGAGGGCUGGACAACAGUAUUGUAUUACACAAACGAUGCCUUAGGAGGUUACUACAAUUAUUUAUAUUUUAUACCACUCAUCAUCCUAGGAUCAUUUUUCAUGUUGAACUUAGUUCUUGGAGUCCUCAGUGGAGAAUUUGCCAAAGAAAGAGAAAGAGUAGAAAAUCGUAGAGCAUUCUUCAAACUACGAAGGCAGCAACAAAUUGAAAGAGAGCUAAAUGGAUACCUUGAGUGGAUAUGCAAAGCUGAAGAAGUGAUUUUGAAUGAAGAAAGAACAACAGAUGAAGAGAAGCUGAAAAUUAUUGAAGCACGGCGGUUAGCAGCCGCUCGGAAGAUGAAACAGCUAAGGGGUGAAGAUCCAGACAAUGACAACAAUGAACCGAACGAUGAUGACCUGCUGGCAGAGAUAGCUCCAGGAGCACUGCGUCCAGGAGUUCCCCUCAACAAGAAUCUACGAAACAGAAAGACAAGUGGUCGAUGUGCUGCCUUCUGGAGAGCAGAAAAACGCUUCAGAUUCCAAGUGCGUCACUUGGUGAAAAGUCAGACAUUUUACUGGAUCGUCAUUGUGCUUGUUUUCCUCAACACUGUCUCAGUUGCCUCCGAACAUUACAAGCAACCUGCCUGGCACACUCAUUUUUUAUUCAUCAGUGAAUAUGUGUUCCUGGGUCUCUUCAUCUCAGAGAUGCUGAUCAAAAUGUACGGGCUUGGUGUCCGCAUGUAUUUCCAGUCCUCCUUCAACAUUUUUGAUUGCCUUGUGAUAGUAGGUAGUAUUGUAGAAGUAAUCUGGGCAAGCAUUAAGCCUGGUUCCUCCUUUGGCAUCAGCGUUUUGCGUGCGCUCCGCCUUCUCAGGAUAUUCAAGGUCACCAGGUACUGGUCCAACUUACGGAACCUGGUUAUCUCUCUCCUCAGCAGCAUGCGCUCCAUCCUCAGCCUGCUCUUCCUGCUGUUCCUCUUCAUCCUCAUCUUUGCCUUGCUUGGCAUGCAGCUCUUUGGUGGAGAAAUGAAUUUUGAAGAGGGAAGACCUUCCAGCCAUUUUGAUACAUUUCCAAUUGCACUUCUCACUGUGUUUCAAAUACUCACAGGUGAGGAUUGGAAUGAGGUCAUGUACAAUGGCAUCCGUGCACAUGGUGGCAUACAUGAAGGUGGCAUGUUUUACUGCGCCUAUUUCAUUGUUUUGGUGCUGUUUGGUAACUACACAUUGCUCAAUGUCUUCCUGGCCAUCGCUGUGGACAACUUGGCCAAUGCCCAGGAGCUGACUGCUGCUGAAGAAGAACAACAAGAGGAAGAAGCACAUCGAGAGGAGAUGGCAGACCAGUUUGCGCUGGUACCAACCAAGGGUGGGCCACCCCAAGUGAACAUAUGUCCCCCUUCGCCUCAAAACAAUGAGGACAUAAAGACUGGCAACUUUAGCUACUUUCCUUUCAGUAGUGGAAACCGUAUUGACAUCAGCCUUAGUCAAAACAACCUCAAGGAUAAUCGGGAGAAAAAGGGCUCAAGUCUUGACCUCACUGCAUCCAAAACAAAUGCCAUUGCAAAACCUGCUGAAGAGGAAAACUCAGAUGCAGCUAAAAGAACUAAUAAGCAAGCUAGCACCACUAGCAGUAGCACCAUUGAUAUACAACCACGAGCCAACAGUCAGGCUGAGGGAGAAGGGACCGGCGGUGACCCAUUGACCUGCCCCAAGGCCAUGCUGCCAUACAGCUCAAUGUUCAUCUUUGGACCAACAAACCCUGUCCGGCGGUUUUGCCAUUUUGUGGUGAACCUACGAUACUUUGACCUAUUCAUCAUGAUCGUCAUCUGUGCUAGCAGCGUGGCCUUGGCAGCAGAAGAUCCUGUGAGAGAAGAUUCAGAGCACAACAAAAUCCUCAAUUACUUUGACUAUGUCUUCACUGGUGUCUUCACUAUUGAAAUGAUUCUCAAGGUCAUUGACCUUGGAGUUCUUUUGCAUCCUGGAUCCUACUGCCGUGAUGUGUGGAAUAUUCUGGAUGCCACUGUUGUUAUAUGUGCACUGGUAGCUUUUGCUUUCAAAUUACACAGUGGUGGCAGUGACAGUGCUGGAAAGAAUCUCAAUACAUUCAAGUCUCUACGAGUACUGCGAGUGUUGCGUCCCUUAAAAACAAUUAACAGAGUACCAAAACUGAAGGCAGUGUUUGACUGUGUGGUGAAUUCCUUGAAGAAUGUGGCAAACAUCCUCAUAGUGUAUAUACUCUUCCAGUUCAUUUUUGCUGUGAUUGCCGUGCAGCUGUUUAGUGGCAAGUUCUUCUACUGCACAGAUGAGUCAAAGUCCACCAGUGAGGAAUGCCAGGGUCAGUACUUUGAAUAUGAAGGGAACUCUGAUUCACCAACGGUCAAAGAUCGCAUGUGGCUUAGGCAAGACUUUCACUACGAUGACAUCAUCAAUGCUAUGCUGACACUUUUCACUGUCACCACAGGCGAGGGCUGGCCAAGUGUCCUGAAGCAUUCCAUGGACUCAACUUAUGAAAACAAGGGACCAAAACCAGGCUACCGCAUGGAGACAGCCAUUUUUUAUGUUGUCUUCUUCAUUGUCUUCCCCUUUUUCUUUGUUAAUAUCUUUGUUGCUCUCAUCAUCAUCACUUUCCAAGAACAAGGUGACAAUGAGCUCAUCGAUCAGGAUUUAGAUAAAAAUCAGAAGCAAUGCAUUGACUUUGCAAUCAAUGCAAAACCACUGUGUCGAUUCAUGCCAAGGAAUCGUAACUCCAUCAAGUACAAGAUCUGGCAGCUGGUAGUCUCCCCAAAAUUCGAAUAUUUCAUCAUGAUUAUGAUCACUCUCAACACUGUUUUCCUCAUGAUGAAGUUUGAGCCCGCUGAAUCUGCAAAAGAGAAUGGACAAGGGUUUGGUCACACGCUCAUAGUCAUUAACAUAGUCUUCACUUGUCUCUACACACUGGAGUUCCUUCUCAAGCUCUGUGCUUUUGGAAAGAACUACUUUCAUGACCCUUGGAACGUGUUUGACUUCACCACUGUUCUUGGAAGUAUCAUCGAUGUUCUGAUCACCGAGUUCUCAACUAAAAGCAUCAAAUUUGGUUUCUUCCGUCUCUUUCGAGCUGCACGUCUGGUGAAACUACUCCGUCAAGGCUAUACAAUUCGUCUUUUACUUUGGACCUUCUUCCAGUCUUUCAAGGCACUGCCCUAUGUGUGUCUUCUCAUCUUAAUGUUGUUCUUCAUCUAUGCCAUCAUAGGGAUGCAGGUGUUUGGAAACAUCAGACUAGAUUCACGAACUGCCAUCAACCGCCACAACAACUUUCGUUCCUUUUUCCAGGCACUAAUGCUGCUGUUUAGGUGUGCAACUGGGGAGAACUGGCAGAGAAUCAUGUUGGACUGCUCCAGUGGACGGCCAUGUGACCCAGAGUCUAUACGACCCAAUGACACACUGCGCUCAAUAGAAACAGGCUGUGGCCUUGAUAUUGCAUACAUCUAUUUUGUUGUGUUUUUCUUCCUGUGCUCUUUCUUGAUGUUGAACUUGUUUGUUGCUGUCAUCAUGGACAACUUUGACUACCUAACCCGAGAUUCCUCUAUCCUUGGGCCACACCAUUUGGAUGAGUACACGCGGGUUUGGGCUGAGUAUGACCCAGGGGCAACGGGUCGCAUUCAUUACACUGAUAUGUAUGAGAUGUUGCGCAACAUGGAACCACCUGUUGGGUUUGGAAAGAAGUGUCCUUAUAGAUUAGCUUAUCGAAAACUCAUCCGCAUGAACAUGCCUGUGGCUGAGGAUGGGACAGUUCACUUCACUACAACCCUGUUUGCCCUUAUCCGUGAAUCUCUUAUGAUCAAAACUGGCCCAGCUGAAGAAAUGGACAAGCUGGAUGAAGAGAUGCGAGAAACAAUCCGACGUCUGUGGUCUGUUCAAGGUAGAAAAAUGCUCGACCUCCUCAUGCCCAGUAAUGAUGAACUGGAUGAAGGAAAGAUGACUGUAGGAAAAAUUUAUGCUGGGCUGCUGAUAGCAGAAAACUGGAGAGCCUACAAAGCCAGCCAGUCAGCGAACUCAAACUAUAGAAUGGAAGAAAAGGAUGAGCAUCAUGAAGAUGAGAGGCCACCGUCACUGUUUCGUCGACUGAUGGGGGUGAUGAGAACACCUUCUACCGCUCGAUCCAGUCAGAGUAUCGACUCGGAACACUCAGAUGACAAUUUAGAUGGCGGGCAUAGCAUUGAUAAAGGGCAACAUUCUUUCAGCUUUCUCAGGAGGGGCAGCAGCAAACGCAGGCGUGACCCAGCCUACAGCGACACAUCAAGUGUGCAGAGCCUGGAGUUGAAAGACGUGCCCAGUGUGUCGAACCAGAGCUUACGAAGCCAGGACAAUUCUCUUAUAGCCCUUGCAGCCAAUCAAAUCACAGCCUCCUUCUCUAAGCUGAAUGAGCCAGCAGACCGUCAAGAUUUUUCACGUGGGUUGCGACCAGAACAUGCAGGUCACCAGAGUGCCCCACGGAUGACACCAGACAACCACCAGCGAAGUGGCAACCGAUCACCUUCUCUGCCAACAACACCUGUCUCCCCCCGAUCUCCUCUUGGUUCUAUACAUAGCCCAUACGGCUCACCACGUGCUUCACCUGUUCCAUCUCGUCGUUCACCUUCUCCUCGCAGAUUUGAUGUGGGUUUUGCUGCAGCUGUGACAAACCUGGUAGAGCAGGCACACACUAUUGCUGACCAGGACAGAAGAAAACCAUAUGUAGCAAAGCAUGAAGACAGUUUGUCAUCACCUCAGCUUCGUGGUCGCAGUAGAAAGCGCCCACCACUUCAAACGCAGUCUCCAGUUCUUGGCUCUCCUCUGCCUAGUCCCGGACCUAUGCACCGUGGCAAAGGUAGAGAAGAGCGUGGUUUCUACAGGUCCACUUCACUAGAGACACGUUCCCGCACCCCCUCCCCCAACACUGGCCACUCCCCUUCCCAGCAGGAGUACUAUGGCUCCACAAAUUUGAUUGACAGGUCCAGAAGCCCUAGCCCAAGCCCAGCCCAGUCUCCCCCCAAAAGAACACCAAGAAAACUUCCUCCUGUACCCUUUGUGCCAAGCACUCCACCACCCGGAAUGGGACCAAUGCCAUCAACACCUGUGCAGGUUUCUGGCCGAGGAUCGAGCUCCUCUGGGCCAGUGACUAAGCCUGCUACGCUGAACUUGACUCAGCCCAAACUAAAAGAGACGAUGCCAAGGGUGAUGCCUUCCCCUACGGUACCUCAGGCUCCAAAGUCACCCAGCAGCAUCAACUUUCCUCGUCUCUCCACAUCGCCCACCCGCUUGCAGAAGAACAGUGAUCCCAAGGCAGGUGUGGCUGGUGCACAUUCUCACCAUAACCAAAACAGAUCUGCUGCUGCUACUGCUGGGAGCGUACAUCAGGCACCUCCACUGUCUCACCAUGUACCUCCUCCAGGUCGACUUGCACGUCCAGAGCCCUACAGCCCUACAGAGAGAAGUAAUCUGAACAAAGAUGAAGCAAACUCUCACCAACAACACAAAGCCAACUCUACUCCGAGUAGGACUUCUGUUAGAGGCUCCACCCAUCAAGAUGAUCCAUCCUGGAGUCGAGGGGAGAGAAAUCCUGAUAGAGGAGCAUCCCCACAAGGACCUUCUGGGCGUUCACCAGACUUGCGUAAUUCUGAGCGUAGUCGUAUUUUAGCACACCAAUUUGACAACGCCCCAGCAGAAAGUAGUAGCACUAGUGGAACUAGCAGUGAAGGUAGAGGUCGUUCUCGGCCUUCUGCAACUCUUCCGAAUGGUUUCAAACCAAAAGGUAAAAAGACUGAAAGGUAUGAAAUGCGUAGUGAUAUAAAUGUUCCACUUAAGGAGGAUUCCGAUGAAGAUGACGACUGGUGUUAAUGAAGUACUUUUGUGAUCUCUGUUUUGAUCUGUCUUGCAGCACUGUCAUUGUGCUGUUGUCAGUCAUCCCACAUGCUCCUAGUGUGCUUGCUUAGCAUCACAACAUCUUGUGGAAUGCCACCGACAACUUACUACAGUUGUGGCCAUCAGCUUGUAGGACGGGUUCUAUUGCCACAUCAAGGAAGCAGCAGAAAAGAGAAAGUUGAUUUAGGCCCUGAUUUCAUCUGCCUUCAGUUUUCACAUCUGCAACCUGCUGUGCAUUCUUUUCGUGAACAAGAGCUCCAGAGUAUAUGGACACACUCUGUAUGGACUAAAAAUUUUAAAAAACCAUGUUCAUGUAUUUUUGCAAUUUAAAAAUAAGUGACUUCUUUUGGUUUUUGGCUACCAAGAAAGUUUUUCAUUCAUAAUUGUUUUGUAUGAAUUGUUUUCAAACGAUAGAAUCUUGCUUCCAAGCAAUUCAACAAGCUUUUAACAGCUCAAGCAACUGAAAUAAAAAUGCGCCACUUGCUGGUAGCAACAGUCAGCUAACUUUUUAAUAGUGUCACCAUCAUAAUUGUUUCUAUGCUCUCCUGCCACUUUCCGGCUGGCCGGAUAACUAUGGAUAAAAUGUUACAGUCAACAGUACCACCACUGUUAAUCCUAUAGAACAACUUUCUACAUCAUUCGCUUCCCUAGUCUAGCCACAGUAAGAAUUUUAUGUCAUUUUACACUCCUGAAAGAACAUUCCAUUGCCUGUUAUACACGUUCUAGUCACGUCUUUUUGCUGUUUUUACCUUUUAUUACUGUGCUUAUUCUGUGAUAGAAUUAUUAAGUUUUACAUUUCGUAAUUCUUGUUUUAAUAUCACUUUCACAAAUAUACUUAAGGGCUUUCUUAACCGUCAGUUUGGCUACAUUUUGAUACUGUUUGGUUGGUUUGGUGUGAUUGAGAGGGGGAAAAAAGUAUGUGAUUGUUGUGCUUGAGGUGUAGACGAAUAUCUAAGACAUCCUUGUUGUAGCUGUAAAAUGACUUGCACAGGACAUAAAGUCAGCAGUCUUAAAGAAAGGUGUAUAUAUAUAUAUUUAUAGUUAUUUAGGAUUAGCAUCCUUGCCAACAUUGAACUGAGGUUUUUGCACACAAACUUAUGCUAGCAAGAAAUCAGAUAACAGAAGAAAUUACUUGUAGCCACAUGAGUUGAAGUGAUGAAGAAUUUCUGCUAUCCCCAGUUGGCAACACCGCAUUAUAUCCACAGAAUGAUUGGCUAAGAUGUGAUUGACUGUGACAAAGUGGCCAGUUAAGAAGGCCCUUAGGAACACUUUUGCUUAUUUUGUCACAGGCCUUGUAACAGUGAAGUAUGCAUCUGCUGUCUGUAAUGUAUUAUCAAUUCAAACCCCAUUUUAUUUCUUCUUAUUCUUCAUAAUUUCCCGACACGAGGGUGUGGUUGAGUGAAUUCAUAACCUAAGAAUGCAAAAUCACGAUGAUAAAGCCUUUAGUAUUGACCCCAAAAGCUCAUUCCAGUAACGCUGAGGGUAAAAGAUGCGGAUGACCUGCAAACAUUAUAUUUUACCCAAAUUGCUGUUAAUACUUUUUUGUGGGCAUUUUUUUCUGAAAUAUGAACAGUUUGGAUGGAUGAGGCAUUAAUAUCCUGUGGACAGCUCAGGCAUGAAUGUGUGCAAGCAUGCGUAAAGUCCACUCAUCAUCAUCACCAAUGAAAUAUUCUAGUUUUGACCAUUUCAUCACUUCACACAACACCUUCCAAACCUCGGAACAUCUUGGUGUGCACAUCUGUUUGUGGCAUGACUCACAUCUGUUCAUACUUAGUGUAAUUUCUUCAAUGAUUUUCAUCAACAGUUUACUGUGUACAGUGGGUAACCAUAUCUCUUGCAUUUUCAUGAAAGCAUGCUCAGAUUAUGUGACAUUUUCCAUUUGAAAAUACUCCACUCUACAGACCGUUUUAUUUAGCACAGGCCCUCUCCAGGCUUUUCUUUGUUACUUGUUGUACCAGAAAUUCUACUGUUGCCACCUUCACUCUUCAAGCAUAUAUCCAUCGGACAUUCUGUGAAAUUUUGACCUGAAAACCAUACAUGCCUUCCCUUAAACAUUCAUAUUUGAUUCCAGUUUAAAUGAUUUUUUUUAAUCUACCAGUUUUGUUAAAAUGUUUCAUGCUUACAUUUUUAAAGGUGCAUUCCCUGGGGUUGGGGGCUUUGUGUACAUGUGUGUUUGGGGUUUAGGGGCGAUGGAAGAUGGACGUGCUUCAUAUUCACCAUAACUCCUAAAAUAUCUUGAAUUGAUGAAGAUAUUUUCCAUUUAAAUGGUUGCCUUGACUAUCUCCAGCAAAAUGAAUAUUGUGGUGUAGCCCAUUCCUCCCUCAAUUGUGUAUCUCUAUUGCUUUAAGCAGCAAUACUGCAGAACAGCUUGCAUACUGUCCAUUCAGCUGUUAACCAUAUGGAAGUCAGCAUCUGCCAUGACUGGCCUGCCCAAUUGGAAAAAAAUAGUCAAGUACAUAGUCUGUGCUAUCAUGGGAUGUAACUUCACUGCUGGGUGCAGUUUCCUUAAUGUUUCCCUGAAGUCCUAUGUGAGCGUGUGUGCAUGUAUGCUUCCUGCUCAUCUGCAUGCUGCAGCCCAUCUUUUUUCCGUAACAGCAUGCGUUCAAGUUCAAAGUUUUCUAUGCAAAGUUCCUUUUAUUCAUUUCUCAGUAUGUCUCUAUCAGUACCAAAACAGUCUGUUUGAAUACCUGUAUAUAACAGUGUCAAAAAGUUAUAUUUAUACAUGCUACGCAUUAUAUUUAUAACAAAACAUGUCUGCUCACUCCAGUCCUUGAAUUUUGUUUAUUGGUUUUUCUUGUCUUUAGUUUGUUAGUUUACCUGAUCUGAACACAGUUGUUGAUUGUGUGUUUGUUGGUUGUUUGAGUGGUUAUACGUAGUGUGCAAUGUCACAUUGACAUGUUACAUUUUUUGCAUGUUUAUUUAAUCUGACUGAAGUUCAGUGCUGUGUAUGCUGAAAUUAACUGUUGGAAUUAGAACAAGGGUUUGCAUGUUUCAGUUGUGGAAGAGCAUGUAUGCAGAUGCUGUCACAUAAAUCUUCUCAUCCAUUGCUUUCCAGCUUUCCCCGUUUACCACACAGGUAACCAUCAGAGGAAUGUACAUAGAUAACAUUCUGCAACCCAUGAAGAACUGGUCAAGGCUAUGUUUUGCUUUCAAGAGAAUCGACCAACAGGGUCCAGAAAAUGACACCACUUCACACCCUCCUCCUCACCUAUCAAGUCCUCUGUUAAUCAGUUUUAAAAAAAAUCAUUUUAAAGCACAGAUACAAUGGCACUGUCACAACCCCCAUCAUGAAACUCAGCCUCCUUCCUGUUGCUAGACAGUGCACACAAUUAAGUUUUUUUUUCUUCUGCUCAAGUUAUUUGUUUUUAUCCCUGUUAUGCAUAACAUUUGUGAGGUGUUUUUAAUGGUAUUCUUUUUUAAUUGUAGUCUGUGAAACCUGACUGAUGAACUAUGAACUAUUAAAUCAGAUGUUUUACACUUUAUACAGCCUUCUUAAAUGCACUUUACACCUUCACUCACCCUUCUUCCUUCUAAACCAAUAUCUCUUUAUCAACUGAAAAUAUCGCCUUGAAAUAAACUUGAAUUUACUGCUAUUUA